GCAGGAGAUGCACGGGUGAGAGGUCAGACAGGGGUUCUCUCCGAGCGCCGUGGCUCCUACCCAUUUAUAGACUUCCGACUUCUUAACAAUACUACGCUCUCAGGGGAAAUCGGCACCAAGAAAAAAGUGAAAAGACUGUUAAGUUUCCAGAGGUAUUUCCAUGCAUCGCGGUUACUGCGUGGAAUUGUACCACAAGCCUCUCUGUACCUGCUGGAUGAGGACUACCUUGGGCAAGCAAGGCACAUGCUAUCCAAAGUGGGAAUGUGGGAUUUUGACAUAUUCUUGUUUGACCGCUUGACGAAUGGAAACAGCCUUGUAACACUGCUUUGUCACCUCUUCAAUGUGCAUGGACUUAUUCACCAUUUCCAGUUAGACAUGGUUACAUUACACAGGUUUUUAGUUAUGGUUCAAGAAGAUUACCAUAGCCAAAACCCAUACCACAAUGCUGUCCAUGCUGCUGAUGUCACACAAGCUAUGCACUGCUAUCUGAGGGAGCCCAAGCUUGCCAACUUCCUCACCCCGCUGGACAUCAUGCUCGGACUGCUAGCUGCUGCAGCUCAUGAUGUGGAUCAUCCAGGGGUCAACCAACCCUUUCUGAUUAAAACUAAACACCACCUUGCCAGCCUGUACCAGAACAUUUCAGUGCUGGAAAACCACCACUGGAGAUCUACAAUAGGCAUGCUUCGAGAGUCACGGCUCCUCGCACACCUGCCCAAGGAGGUGACACAGGACAUUGAGCAGCAGUUGGGCUCCCUUAUCUUGGCAACAGACAUCAACAGGCAGAAUGAGUUUUUGAUUCGUCUGAAAUCUCACCUUGACAAUCAGGAUUUGAGGCUGGAGGAUGCACAAGACAGACAUUUUAUGCUUCAGAUUGCACUGAAGUGUGCUGACAUUUGCAACCCUUGCCGGCUUUGGGAUCUGAGCAAACAGUGGAGUGAACGGGUCUGUGAAGAGUUUUACCGGCAAGGUGAUCUGGAACAAAAAUUUGAACUGGAAAUAAGUCCCCUUUGUAAUCAGCAGAAGGAUACAAUACCAAGCAUACAGAUUGGGUUCAUGACAUACAUCGUUGAGCCACUCUUUGAGAGGUGGGCCCAGUUUACAGGCGAUACUCCCCUAUCUGAAAAUAUGCUAAACCAUCUCAGGAGGAAUAAGGCCAAGUGGAGAAGUUUGCUUCACAAGCAACACAGCAGUAGUAGGAGCAAUGACCACUCAGGUCAAGUGACUGGCAGCCAGGAACAGACAUUAAAUGAAGAAGAGACUCCUUAGUGGCAGCUUCGCACUUUUCCUUAUAGCACUGCUAUCUCCGUCUUGGUCGCAGCAGCAAACAAGAUCGCGGGGAGCCAAGAGCCUGUUGUCAAGACCGUGGAAAGGGAAGAAAUGGCAAAGCAGAAGCUGUAAGGGUGCUCACAAACAAGCCCACGGUUCUGCUGGGUUU